GAAUAUUCAUAUAAUUUUAUAUGAAUAUACUUAAUAUUAAAUUAAUUAAUAAUUAAAUAUACUUGAUUAAAAUCAAAGUAUUAAAAAAUGACUAUAAAUAGAAAGAUUUUUCAAAAAACUCAAAAUAAGUACAACUAUAAAUAACCAAUGUGAUUCUGUAUUUAUCAAUUUUUAUAUAAAAUGCAGUGGUUACAUUAUACGAUAAUAUGGUAAAGGACGUUCGCAUUUCGUAAUUUUCAAUAUUUUGCAUAUAAUAUACAUACUUAUGUAUGUGUAUUCUAUCUGUGAAUUUCUGCUAUUCUGUCACCGUUAACAAAAUGUUUUUGACAUCGAAAAUUUGUGUGCGAUUUCUCUUUUCCUUUGCCAUAUUGCGAUACAUAUAUACACAUGCUAAUUCCGCGACACAAGAUUUGCUGAGCAAAAUUAGUUGUAAUAAUCGAAAUAUACAAAUCUGUUGAUAUACAUGUGAUGGUUAUAUAUACUCCGAAUUAUAUAUAUCAAAUCAAUUGUGUGGUUUAACUUAUAUAGGGGAGAUACACUUUUUAUGCUUGAUACGCGAGAAAUAAGCAUAAUUACUAUUAAACUGCAAAUGAUAAUAAUCGUAUGCUAGUUUAAGUAGAUUUUUACAAAUAGUUGUAUCAGUACACAUAUGGCACUAUAUUCUGUAGCACUUAGAAUUCUCAUGCACUACGUUUCGCCGGCAGAGAAUUUUAAUCGGUUCGACAUACAUAGCUUGUAUCGUCACUAUGUGCCUUAUCCGAAAAAUGCAUUGGUUAUAUUGAAAUACUGUGUUUUUAUCCUGAACGCUACUGUACUGCAAUGAGACGAUUCAAAUUGCAAUUGGAACUUCUUGCUUGCAACACGAUUAAAGCAGUGCCAAAUAAAAUGUGUUAUACUUAGCGAUUAAAUAUGUGUAUCAAGAAAACGAUAAUUUAUUUGUAUGAAUAUCAAAAUGUCGUUCUGGCAAUUAGAAACAUUGUACUUUAUUUCAUUGCAAGUUAUUAUAACGAUUAUGUAAGUGUUAUAUGAACUGCAGCGCAACUAAAAAUGGGUAAUGGUACUUAACGCCGAUAAAAAUUUCCGAGAGAGUCAGCACAAUGGAAUUUAUUUUAUACUCCCUGAGCAAGCUUGUUUUUACUUUUACCAUAAAUUCAAUUUUUAGCAAUAAAAUAUUACUCGUUACAAAGAAGAGCAAUUCUUCAAAUGCUUAAUAUCUCGAUGAAAUUCUUGAAAUCGUAGUUUUUUUUAUUUUUUUCCGUCAAUUUAAAUGGAUUUUGUAUAGAAAAGCGUCAUGUCUAAUUAUCAGAAUUUUUGUAAAUGCAAUUAUAUAAAAUUUCCUUGCGCCUUGCCUAUAUGAAAAAACGCUUGUCUCUUUAAUUAAAAAAAUAAUAGAUAAAAACAAAAUGAAUCCUCCCUAAGAAUAUGAUUUUAGGAUUUAAUUGAGAUACAUUUUAUAUCGUGUGUAUAUGUGUAUAUUUUGGACGCUGUAUUCUUUAAUUUAAAUAUAAUCGCCUUUAGAUUACGCGCUUAUCAUACCAUCAUGCAUCAUAUGUCAAUAUUCUAACCCAACCUAAUCCUAACUCUACCUGAACGGCCUCAAAGAUUGUGUCGAUCAGCUGAUUACAGUAUACAGCUGAUGAGCUGAUCAUUAGCACGGAUGUGCACAGAUUCUCCACGGAUGAACCUAUUCACAUCCGUGACGAGAAUUCAGACCUAGAAAUUAACUUAGUGUACUUGAAAACAAACAGUUAAAUACUUUUACAAUUACAUUUCUAAAGCGAAAUGAAUGUGUAUUGACAUUUCAAAAAUGGAAAAAGAGACAAAUUGCAGAAAAUACAAAUGAAAUAAGCAGGCCUUAUCUUUUACAUCUCCCUACUUAAUUUAUGUUAUAAAUUAAGUAGACAUGCUGCAUCGCGCGAGCGCGUUCUAAUCACGGCACUGCGAAUUUACGAAUAGAAAUCUGUGAGUGCUUUACCGUUGGCACGGACUCAUGACGCAUUUACGACUAAAUCCUGUGUCCAAGUUCCAAUCAAUGACUCGCAGAAAGUUUUUCGCUCGAACGAACGUAAUGAUAUUUUUCGUGCCGGUCGUGCUUAUAUUAGUCUUCUUGUGCGCGCGUUAUCCAGCUCGAGAAUGCACGCCGGACGAACAGAUGAUUUUGGACAGUAAGCCCAAAUACAGGCUCAUUAUUCUGAUUCUCAGCAGUCCAGACAACCUUGAACGCCGGGACACCAUCAGGAAGACCUGGUUGGCUGAUCGUAGUCACGAUGCCAUGAUGAGACAUUUCUUCGUCAUUGGCACCCAGGACAUCCUGCCAGAGCAAAGAAACACUUUGCAGUCGGAGAAGGAGAAGUUCGACGAUUUGUUAUUGCUGCCUAGAUUGCAAGAUUCUUACGGCAUAUUGACAAAGAAAGUCCUCUAUGCUUUUAAAGGGAUCUAUGAGCGUUAUAACUUUGACUUCUUGUUGAAAUGCGAUGAUGAUUCUUAUGUCUUGGUGCAUAAGAUCCUGAAGGAGCUGGACAGGUGGCAGAACAAAGGUACUAGAAGGGAGCUUUAUUGGGGCUUCUUUAAUGGACGAGCGCUGGUGAAGAGGAGUGGUCCUUGGAAGGAGACAGAUUGGAUUCUAUGCGAUUAUUAUCUUCCUUAUGCCCUGGGUGGCGGAUAUGUCUUGUCCUACAAUCUCGUCAAGUUUAUCGCCAGUAACGCGGAUAUCCUAAAGCUGCAAAAUUCCGAAGACAUCUCUGUUGGUCUCUGGCUGGCACCAUUGGCGAAUAUUGAAAGGAAACACGACGUACGCUUCGAUACAGAGUACAGAUCGCGCGGCUGCUCUAAUCAAUAUAUAAUCACGCACAAGCAAACUAUUCAAAGUAUGAGGAACAUGCACGAGUAUUACCAAACCUCUGGUGUGCUGUGUUCCAAAGAAAUGAGGAAUCGCAUGAGUUAUCAGUAUAAUUGGACUGCACCACCCAGUCAGUGCUGCAACAGACAAUCCGGUAUCCCUUAAUGCAAAGGAAAGAAAAUUUCUGCAAUAUUCUAGUCUGGUUUUUUGAGACAUUUGCUCAAAAAAUAUACUCUGAUAUUUAUUUUACAUAUUUAUAAUGAUAUGCCAUAUAAUUUUCCUAAGGACGUAUUCUGAACAGUAUUACCGAGUGUGGAGAGACAGUUGCAGAUUGCAAUCGCGAUUUUAUGUUUUGAAAGAUUAAAAUGAGAAUUCUGAACUUGAAUUUUACUUGAGCAUUAUUGUACGAUAGCAUGUUAUAAUUAAUAAAAAACGCUUGUAAAUAAAUUUUGUAAAUAUUCAGCAAUGAAUAAAUAUAAACGAGAUAUAUAAGCUUCGGUGAAUCAAA